CGACGCUCGGCACGGCCCGCUCGGGCGGCACCCGGCGCGGCGGCCGCGCGCCUGCGGGUGCUGCUCGGCGCCUCCGCGGCGGCGGCGGGGCGCGGGCGGCUGCCGGCCUGGGGGCUGCCGCCGCCGCGGCCAGCCGACUUCGAGGGCUUGCGCCUCUUCUUCUACGACCUGCCCGCGGGCUUCAACGCGGAGCUCGUGGACGAGCUGGGCCGGCAGGGCCGGGAUGCGGGCGGCAAUUGCGACUUCAUGCUCUCGGCCUGCACGGAAAGCCGCUGGACCGGCAAGCCCUCCCAAGCGCGGCAGCGCGGAGCGGAGGUGGUGGUGCUCCAGAAGCUGCUGGCCUGCCCCGACAGCGCCCGCACGCGCGACGCAGGCGAGGCGGACUUGUUCGUAGUGCCGUACCUCGCAGCCACGGACUGUCUGCUCGGUGGCUUCCAGGCGGGCUGCGUCAAGACCCGGUCCGAAGGGGGCCUGAGCUUGUUCGGCCACUUGGAGCACUACAACCACGCCACUCGCCACCGGCACCUGUUCCUAGCGACCGCAGACAUGCACAGCCUGCCCCCGUACAUUCAGGCGCAGCCGCUGCUGGUUUCCCGCGGCGCGGUGUGGGGGCACCGGCCAGGCCACCUCCUCGUGCCCAGCGCGGUCGUCGAGGAGGAGCUGCAGCCGGCGGUUUUCGAGGACCUGCAGCUGGAGCAGCGCAGUGUCUUGUUCUGGCUGUACCAGACGCCAAAUAACGCCGCCCGCAUCCUGGUGUACGAUCAGCUGUGGCAUCUCGGCACUCUGCCAGAAGAGGAGGUACGGCAGCUCCUCGGGUUCCACGGCGAGCUCGUGCGGCACUGGACCCAGCGCGGCGCGAACGCAACCAUACUGCCCGCCGCCGCGACGGUGGCUGGGAUGCGGCGCGCCAUCUUCUGCCCAGCGCCCCCAGGCGAGAACCCGUCCGCGGGCACCAAGAGGUUGAUGGACGCGGUGCUGGCUGGCUGCCUGCCCGUCGUGGUGGCAUUCGGCACCUCGUGGGGCAGCGGCGUGAGCUGGUGGCGGACCGAGGGCCCGCCCCUGGAGGCCAUGUUGCCUUUUACGUGGGAGAUCGAUUGGAGGCGCCUGGCAGUGGAGGUCAGCUACAGUGAGCUGCAGCGUGAGGGAGGCCUGGUCGACUCCAUCGCUCGCCUCGGCCGUGACGGGGUGGAGGCGAAGAGGUCCUAUCUGUUAUCAGUCCGGGACCGACUCGUAUUCGAUUUUGCGGGAAGAGUUCGCGACGCGUUCAGCGUCUUGAUGGAUGGCGUCCGGGCGGCACUGCCGAAGCUGACCCCCUCGCCCCUCUCGCACCCGCAACUCGGGCACACGUCGGGCAUGGUCUGCGACGUGUUGCCCAACCAGAUGGACACGGUGCGGUGGCGUGGGUCUGACGGCGAGAACUACACCCAGAAGAUUUGGUUCCACCCCUUUGCAGAGCUAUCCUGCCAGCCGGCCCACCUCUGGGCCGCCGGCCUGGACCUGGGCCCGGCCUCCCCGCUGCGGGCCACGCGGCUGGCCGUGCAGCGCCCGGCGCUGACCCGCAUGCUGCUGACCGAGAGCGGCACGACCGUGCGCCUGCACGCGCCGCAGGCCGUCAGCCUGGCGCUGGGCGACGGCCCGCAGCGCGCGCACGCGGGCGCCCUGCUGGCCAGCUCGCCCCUGUCGGUGUGCCUGUACAGGAGCCUGCCCGUGGUGAAGUACCACAGACUGGACACGGGAUCCUGGAUGUACUACCGCUCUCCGCCGCAGGGCCCGCACAACGCAACCUGCAGCCUGCUGCCGGCACUGGCCGCGCCGCCACCGCUGCUGUCGCGACCCAUCGCCCGCUGGGAGCUGCUCGUGCAGGGCUGCCGCGCGCGGCCGCGCCUGGGGCGCUUCGGCCAGGAGGCGGAGCAGGCCUGGACCGCGAUGCCGCCCGGGCACGCGCUCCAGGUCACGGUCCACGAGGCCUGCGCCGAGGCGCCGCCGCGGCGCCGCGCCGGCGGCUUCGGGGGGCGCCCCGCCGGCGCGGAGCUGCUGCAGCACGUGCUGGCCGUGCUGCACGGUCGCCGGCGCGGCCAGCCCGCCCCCGAUGCCUUCGUGCUGGUGCCGCCGGCUGCGCCGGGGCGCGGCGGCGCCGCGGCCGCCGCGGCGCCGGGGCAGUGGCGGGCUGGGCUGGUGACCCUCAUCGGCACGCUCACGAAGAUAUUCCAGGAGAUGGAGGAGCGCCACGGCCCCGCCGUGGAAGCGGGCCUGGGCAGGUGGCUGGCGGCCUCGUGCAACCCCUGCCCGAAGUUCUCGGCGGGGCGCGCGGUCGAGGACGUGAAAGGGGCGCGCGCCGUCGCCUUCCCGGCGGCCCUGCUCGACAGCGCCACGCUCAGCGAGUGGGAGGCGGCGGUGCCGCUCGCGCCGCUCGAGGCCGAGCAGGGCGCCGCGGCGAACUUCGACCUGCUCUUCGCGCUGCUGGUGCAGACGGCGACGUCGGCACGCGCGCCCGUGUACCAGACGCUGCACGGGUCGGCCGCGACAGUCGGUCUACCUCGGCGUGCUCAGGGCUGCUCCCGCCUCUGGCGCCGUCGCGGCGACAAG